UUUUUCUCUUUUUGGACUCUGAGUUCUCUUUUUUAGCUUCGCCCUUCAAAAAUUGGCUUUGCCAGCAAACUAAUAUGGCCGCGAAAACUGGUCUCCACUUUAUUUACUACUUUUGGUAAUCUUCAUUUGACUUUACUCCCACUUUUACAUGCAUCCUAUUAUAGCUUGAACAAGCAUAUCCAGAAUAGGUAUAGUCAGAAUUUCAUUAAACCUCAAUUUUAAUUGCUUUCAAGAUAGAGAGUUAACCUUUUGGUCACGUGAAUAACACACCUGCAUAUAACCCAGAGGUGGCAAUUUUGAGUUUCUCAUCCAGAAAUUUGUAAUUCAAAAUGAAUCGUAAUCUCUAUUGUUCAUAUAUAUAAUUUGUCAUAACUAUAUAUAUAAUUACAUCAUUUGAUUGACCAUAAUAAGAAUUAAUCAAGAUGGCUGAAAGUAUGCAAGUUGACACUCCUGAAAUUGAUGAAGGAUUGUACUCCAGACAAUUGUAUGUCUUGGGUAAAGAAGCCAUGCUUAAAAUGCAAAACGCCAAUGUGUUAAUAAUCGGUUUAAAAGGGUUAGGUAUUGAAAUCGCCAAAAACGUUGCCCUUGCUGGGGUUAAAUCAUUGGCUUUAUAUGAUCCAGAACCAGUUGAAAUACAAGAUUUAUCAAGUCAAUUCUUCUUAGAAAGUAGUGAUGUUGGUAAACCAAGAGCUGAAGUUUCUGCUCCAAGAUUAGGAGAAUUAAAUCAAUACGUUCCAAUUAAUGUCCUUUCCGAUUUAAAUAUAGAAACUUUAGCUGAAUUCAAAUGUAUCGUGUCUACAAACAUAAGCUUGGAAGAACAAGUUAGAAUUAACACUUUUACUCAUCAACACAAUAUUGGAUAUAUUAAUGCUGAUGUUAGAGGUUUAUUCGGUCAAUUAUUUGUUGAUUUCGGUGAAAAAUUUACUGUCAUUGAUCAAACCGGUGAAGAACCUCAUACUGGUAUUGUUUCCGAUAUCGAAGCUGAUGGAACUGUUACUAUGCUUGAUGAUAAUAGACAUGGAUUAGAAGAUGGUGAUUUUGUUAAAUUUGCUGAAGUUGAUGGAAUGCCAAAAUUAAAUGAUGGAAAUCCUCAUAAGAUUGAAGUUUUAGGCCCAUACGCCUUUAAGAUUAAAAUUGAUGAAAGUUAUGGUAAAUAUCUUAGAAGUGGAGUCUACACUCAAGUUAAAGUUCCAAAAGAUUUGAAAUUUGAACCAUUAGUUAAACAAUUGGCUAACCCAGAAUACGUGAUUUCUGAUUUCGGUAAAUUCGAUAGACCUGCUCAAUUACAUAUUGGAUUUCAAGCCUUACAUGCUUUCAAGACAAGACACAAUCAAUUACCAAGAUCGUUCCAUGAAGAAGAUGCAAAUGAAUUUUUCAGAUUGGCCGAAGAAGUUGCAUCUCAAUAUCCAACUGUUUUAGGCGAAGAAAAAUUAAAUGAAAAAAUAAUCAAAGAAUUAUCAUAUCAAGCUAGAGGUGAUAUCCCAGGUAUUUCUGCCUUCUAUGGUGGUUUAAUCGCCCAAGAAGUUUUAAAGAAUUGUUCGUCAAAAUUCGGUCCAGUUAAACAAUGGUUAUAUUUUGAUUCAUUAGAAUCAUUACCUCCUGCUGAUAAAUAUCCAAGAAAUGCUGAAGUCACUAAACCUCUUGGUACCAGAUAUGAUGGACAAAUCGCAGUCUUUGGUAAACAAUUCCAUGAAGAUCUUUCAAAUGUUAAAGUAUUUUUAGUUGGUUCAGGAGCCAUUGGAUGUGAAAUGUUAAAAAAUUGGGCUAUGAUGGGUCUUGGUUCAGGUCCAAAUGGUAAAAUUAUUGUAACUGAUAAUGAUUCCAUUGAAAAGUCAAAUUUAAAUCGUCAAUUUUUAUUCAGACCAAAAGAUGUUGGAAGUAAUAAAUCUGAAGUUGCCGCUAGAGCAGUCCAACAUAUGAAUCCUGAUUUAAUUGGUAAAAUUGAAUCUAAACUUGAUAAAGUGGGUGCUGAAACCGAAGAUAUAUUUAACGAUGCUUUUUGGAGACAAUUAGACUUUGUCACCAAUGCAUUAGAUAAUGUCGAUGCUAGAACAUAUGUUGAUCGUCGUUGUAUCUUUUAUAAAAAGGCAUUAUUGGAAUCAGGAACUUUAGGUACCAAAGGUAACACCCAAGUCAUCAUCCCAAACUUGACUGAAUCAUAUUCAUCUUCACAAGAUCCUCCAGAAAAAUCUAUUCCAUUAUGUACGUUAAGAUCAUUCCCAAAUAAAAUUGAUCAUACAAUUGCUUGGGCCAAGUCUUUAUUCCAAGGUUAUUUUGCUGAUUCUCCAGAAACCGUUAAUUUAUACUUAAGUCAACCAAAUUACGUGGAACAAACAUUAAAGCAAAGUCCAGAUGUUAAAGGUACUAUUGAAAAUAUUGCAGCUUAUUUAAACAAACGUCCUUACUCCUUUGAUGACUGUAUCAAGUGGGCAAGACAAGAAUUUGAAAAUAAAUUUAGUCAUGAAAUAUUACAAUUGUUAUAUAAUUUCCCUAAAGAUGCCAAGACCUCACAAGGUGCACCAUUUUGGUCAGGUCCAAAAAGAGCUCCAGAAGCUUUAGUAUUUGAUAUUAAUAAUACUGAUCAUUUCAAUUUCAUCUCAGGUGGUGCUCAUUUAUUAGCUUAUAUCUAUGGAUUAAAAGCACCUGAAUAUAGUUUUGAAGACUAUAAGAAGACUUUAGAUUCCACUCACAUUGCCCCUUUCACUCCAAAAUCAGGUGUAACUAUUGCUGCUACUGAUGCUGAAGCUGAAGAACAAGCUAAUAAUCUUUCUGGAUCAGGUGAUACUGAAGAAGUCAAUAAGAUUGCUGCUACUUUACCUGAACCAAGCACUUUAGCUGGUUAUAGAUUAAUUCCAGUUGAAUUUGAAAAGGAUGAUGAUACCAACCACCAUAUUGAGUUCAUAACAGCUGCUUCUAAUUGUAGAGCUUUGAAUUAUUCCAUCGAACCUGCUGAUGCUUCCAAGACUAAAUUUAUUGCUGGUAAGAUUAUUCCAGCCAUUGCUACUACAACUGCAUUAGUGACUGGGUUAGUUUGUUUGGAAUUAUAUAAGGUUGCUGCAAAGAAUGAUGAUAUAGAACAAUAUAAGAAUGGUUUCAUUAACUUGGCAUUACCUUUCAUUGGUUUCUCGGAACCAAUUAAAUCUGCUCAAGGUAAAUAUAAUGAUAAGACUUUUGAUCAAAUUUGGGAUAGAUUUGAAUUGGAAGGUGAUAUUACAUUACAAGAGUUACUUACUCAUUUUGAAGAAAAGGAAGGCUUAGAAAUUAGUAUGUUAUCAUAUGGUGUUUCCUUAUUAUAUGCCUCAUUUUAUCCACCAAAGAAAGUUAAGGAAAGAUUAGGUCUUAAAUUAACUGAUUUGAUUAAACAAGUGAGUAAAAAAGAUAUACCAGAACAUGUUAACUACUUGAUUUUCGAAAUUUGUGCUGAUGAUAAAACUGGUGAAGAUGUUGAAAUACCUUACAUUUGUGUUAAAUUAUAAUUUAUUUAUACAUAUAUAUCUAAUAAAGAAGUA